AUGGAAGAGCGGCGGCACCCGCAGCGCGACAGGCAGGCGUCCGGCGAUGGCGAGGCAUCCUUUCGACUCCCUCUGAAUUAUCUCCCUCGCCGCUACGACCUCCGUCUUGCCCCGCGCCCGGCGGCGGGCAGCUUCGUCGGCGGCGCCUCCGUGACGGUGGAGGUGGCGACGCCGCUCCCCGCCCCGACGCGGAGCCUGACGAUGCACGCCCUCGAGUUGGCCAUCGAGCCUGCGGACGUGUCGGUGAGGCCGCCGCCGCACCGCCGCGCAGAGGCGGCGGAGGAGACGCCAGAGGCAGACACGGCGCGGCUGCAGUGCGUCGCGGUCCGCAGUUCCCCCGCGGCGGAGACCAUCACGCUAGACUUUGCCGCGUGUCUGCCAAAUGUCGCGGGCGACACGUUUGUUGUGGACAUUGCGCGCUUUACGGGCCACAUCUACGACUCCGUCGCCUCCUGCGGCCUCUUUUACUCGAACAGCCACGACACGAACUUUCUCUCCACCCACCUCGAGCCGACCAACGCGCGGCUGCUCUUCCCCUGCUUUGACGAGCCCGCCUACCGCGCCGUCUUUCAGCUCACGGUGGAGUUCGACAGCCGCUACACGGUCGUCGCCGGGACGCGGGCGGUGCGGGAGGAACUCGUGGCGGUCGACGAGGACGUGUUUGGCGCGAGAUUUUGCGACCCGCCGCCCUCCCCCGCCCGCGACGCCAGCAAAAGCGCCAGCUUCACGGGCGGUGGCUACAGCGUGAGGGGCGAUAGCUUGGGCGCGGCCCCGGCGAACGCGCGCGACGGUGACGAAUUGGGCGCGACGGAACGCAUGGCUGGCAGUGGCGCCAGCGCCAGCUUGAGCACCGCGCCCCCGCUGCGGGGGGUGCGAGGCCGCGCUGCUUCCGCUGCCGCCGCUGAGGACGACGUGCCGACCGCCGCCGGCCCGCAAGAGGGACGCAGUUGCCCUCACUGGCGGCGUCGAAAUUGUGAUCCGCUGGAGGACGCCGCCAGCGACUCCCCGACCUGCUUAGUACGCCGCGUCUUCUUUGCCGACACGCCGCUGCUCUGCACCUGCGCUGUCGGCUUUAACAUCGGCAGGUUUUAUAUAAGAGAGGAGACGACUCCGGACAGGCUGCUCUGCCGCGUUAUAAUUCCUGCGGAGGUGCAGGUGAACUAUGGCUGGUACGCGCUCGACCUGCUUACCAAAGCGGUGGCCUUCUUCGACGACUACUUUGCCUUUCGUUUGCCACUGCAGAAGCUUGACCUUGUCUGCCUGCGCUGCUGCGGGUUUCUGGCGAUGGAGAACUGGGGGAUGAUUAGCAUGCACCUUGACUACAUGCUCGUGAACGAGUCCACCCCACUGGAGCGGCGACAGCGCAUUGCGCGGCUUAUUGGACACAUGGUUGCCCGCCAAUGGGUGGGUAACUCGGCGGCCAUUGCGUGGUGGAGCUCCCUCUGGAUUCGCGAGGGGGUUUGCGGCUACCUCUCGUUCACGUUCGUCGACAGCGUGUACCCAAACUGGCUCAUGUGGGAAGCCUUCCUCACGCAGGUGCUUGACGACGCGCUUGUGCUCGACUCUCAGCCGGAGAAGACCCACCCGCUGCAGUGCUGCAACGCCACCCAAGGCACAUGGAGGACUACUUCGACACCAUCAGCUUUGGCAAAGGGGCGUCGAUCAUUCGUCUGCUCUCCUUCGUGA